UUGACCAUAGCAACUAAUCUCCAGAACAAAAAAAUCUCGCAAUGUAACCAGCAAUAACAAUGAUGGAAUGAUUUUGUUGUUAUAUUUUCUUUAAAAAAAAAAAUCGUACAAUUUUGAACUCUAGCAGCCAUGUCUUAUUUUAAUCUGACGCAACUUGGCUACCAAAAUACGAUCACAAAAACAUCUUUUUUGGCUCAGGAAUGUCCCAUUCGAUCGACGACCGAGUUCAAUUUCCGAGCACUACCACCAAUCGUGGACCGGAAUAUGCCACCGAAAUCUAUUGUACCAUUGAACCAAAUUUCCAGCUAUCCCCCCGGUCCCCGGGGAUCACGUGCAGACUUCGCAACAAUAAGAAUGAAACACAUACGAAAUCCAAAAGCACCUUUCCAAUUACAUCGGCUUCCAGUGACAACAUCUUUCCAGUAUGGCUGGUUUCUCAAAGAGGAUCCCAUCAAACAGACACUACCAUGGACACACACACCCCGGUAUCCACAGAUCAACAGUGAAAUGACCAGAUUUGUGGAGAAAAUGGCCAUGACAAAUCGAGAGUUUACAUUAUUCUGAAAGACAGGUGCAUGUGGUGUCCAGUCUGAACAGCUCCACAGUUAUACAUGUACAGUUGUCCUCAUACAUAUAGUGAGAAAGACUUCCUUUGUCCCGUUGUUUUUAUUACAUUUUUAUUGUUAUACGUCACAUUGUCUCACAACUACAUGUAGGUUGACUGCUCAUAAACUGAGCUAACAAAACAGUAUUACUUUUAUUUUUAGUUUUUAUAUUGAAAAAUUUAUUUUUUGUAAAUUAAGAACUAUUGCAGUGUGUUUUAGCAGGUGGAUUUUUAUGUUACCUACCGUACUAGGUCUAAAAAUAGGACUGCUUCAAAUGUUUUACAGGCUACAAUUUUCAGUCUCUGAGGUGCGUCUUUAAUUGGUGUGAAAAACAGAAUAAUAUCCUAAAUCUGUACCACCCUUUGAAUAAAUGUAAAAUAAAUCAAUGUUCUCUAGUGGUUCCAUUAAACAAAACAAAGGUUAACUUUUUAACACUAAAUUAUUAUUAUUAUUUUUUUUUUUUUAAAUACAUCUGAUUAUUAUUAAAUUUAAAAAAAAGGUUAUGUAGCUAUAAAUCAAAGACAAUUAAAUAUAAAUGUUUUUUAAAUGAAAAAGAAAUCUUAGAUUCGUUCAAUUGUAGCUAAUGUCAUAUUUAUAAAAUAAAUCCUAGAUUUUCAUGUCUACUGGGCUGUCUAAGUUAAACUUUUGAAUUAUGAAUGCUCUUAAAAGUGCAAUCUUGGACAUUGAGUUUUUCUUCCUUUUUCAUACUGAGGGGAACUCUUGUGGUCUUUCUAAUUAAUGUCUGUGCUUGUUAUUGUUGCCCAACCAACUCCUAAAUUUGCUCAAUGGGAUUCAAGUCUGAGAGAGAUGCUGGUCCUGGAAUCAUCUGUAUUAUUUUCAUUCAUGUAAAAUCUGAGAAUAUGUGUUGUUUUGAAAACCUAUAACCUGGAUGUGCCUAUAGAUAUGCUUUAAUACCGGUUACAAAUAUACCUUAAUUUUACAUUUAUAUUUUUAUCGAUUGCUUCCAUGCUUUACAAGGAUAGAAAUUCAUUUUGAAGAGUUGAAAGCAAUAUUUGCUUCUUAUAUUUUAAUCCAGAAGCUAUUGCUAGAAAUUGUGAAGCAGUUCAGGAAAUUAUAGUUUUGAAGUACUCCUUGUUAGACUUGGAGAGUUAGACUUGGAGAGUAUUUUCAAAACAACAAUGCAGAAAACUUGAGACAAAUGUGGAUAAAACAGGGCUCGAAUUUAAUGGCGGCACCGAUGGCAAUUGUUGUCAUUGAGAUAUAAAAUGCUGUAGGUCGGGAACAUCAGCAAAAAGUGCAGUCAUUAAAGCUUCUCAUUUAUGGCAUAAUAUUUACUCUUGGUGUACACUAUCUGCCAGUAUAUAACAUUAGUACAUUUGAAAUAUAUCUACAUACAGCAAAAUAACCUUUGAAUUGGUUUUGAUGGGCCAUUUUACCCACAGCAACUUUGUUUUUAAAUUGCUGUGGAAGAAAAUUCUUAAGUUCGAGCUCUGUAAAAGCUUGUUAUACUAGUAUCUAUUAUCAGUUAGGAAUUCUGAAUGUAUCUGUGUUUGGAGAUCAUCAGUAAGCAUGUUGAGUGUCAUUUGCUACCUUCUCUCUGUGAAUUUCGAGCCAUGCUUCGAAUUAAUAAAUACUGCUGAUAAUGAGUUGUUCAUUUAAUUUUGGCCAACGAGAAGUACAGUGGAACAAACAAGACCCUCUAAACACCAUGGGGCCUAAUUCAUUAAACUUUCGCAACUUUGCGAUCUCGCAACUUUGCGAUCUCGCAACUUGGCGAUCUCGCAACUUUGCGAUCUCGCAACUUGGCGAUCUCGCAACU